UUGAACAUUAUCCUGGGAAUACCCAUAUGACCUUUCGGCAAAUUUGGGAUUUGCUCUGCAGUUCCCUAUGGUUCCCUCUGGCUAAGAGGCAAGACCUUCCAAUGUCCCUAAAACAUGGGCACGCAAUAGCCUAUAUCGCUAAUCCGAGGUGUAGCCUAUUUCUUUGGAAUAUAGUAAACAGCUGCAUUUAAAACCUUCGUUUAAAAGAUUGCUACACUUUUGAAACGAUUUGGUAACAGUUACCACUUUAAGUCUAAUUUCACUUAGUUACGCCCCUGAUGGAAGUCGUAAGUCAAUUAACCUUUUCCAGAUCCACUCCCAAUUAGGUCUGGGUAUUCCCAGAUGGUCCGAGAGGCUACUCUUGAGAUUUAGUCAUUGUUUGAGUUUCAGCUUACAUCAUUACAAUAAAACAGAAAAAAACGUGGAACAAGGGGAAAUAGGCUAUAACGCCUUUGACUGAAGAGUGUUCUGUGAAAACUCAAAUUCAUGUUUAGGAAAAAAGAUCCAGAAAAAAUCCACUUGGUCACCGACAAUGCGACCACGUAUAUGGGAAGGAAUUCUCAGAAUGAAGUCAAGGAGAAACAUGGGACCAUCACACAUUGCCAUGACAACAGUCGGGCACAGGAGGACCGAGAAAGUGAGAAAAAAGUCGCCAGGAAGCGACUCUACAUCGUCUCAGUUGUUUGUCUGGUCUUCAUGAUUGGUGAAAUCCUGGGAGGAUACUUUGCUGGGAGUCUGGCAGUGAUGACGGAUGCUGCCCACCUGCUUGUGGAUUUCACGAGCUUCAUCAUCAGCCUGUGUUCACUGUGGCUCUCCUCCAGACCGGCUACUCACAAACUGAGCUAUGGCUGGCACCGGGCAGAGAUCCUGGGUGCCCUGCUUUCUGUGUGCACCAUCUGGUUGGUGACUGGCAUCCUGGUGUAUUUGGCAGUAGAACGCUUGAUAAGUGACGACUACACCAUUGAGGGGACACUCAUGCUCAUCACGUCAGGCUGUGCAGUGCUGGCCAACAUCAUCAUGGCGCUUACCCUGCACCAAUCAGGGCAUGGACACAGUCACGGUGGCCUGAGCUCCGGACAUGGACACAGCCAUGGCCAUAGCCAUGAGAAAGGAGGGAACCGGAAAGCAGAGAAUGGCCACACGCAUUCCCAUGGACAGGGCUCAGCGGAGCAUCAGGACGUGGAGGACGGCCGCGGGGUGGCGAGGCGACCUCAGGCCAACGCCAGCGUGAGGGCAGCGUUUGUGCACGUGGUGGGAGACCUUCUCCAGAGCAUCAGUGUGCUAGUCAGCGCCUUGAUCAUCUUCUUUAAGCCCGAAUACAAGAUGGCUGACCCCAUCUGCACUUUCCUGUUUUCCAUUUUUGUGCUCGGCACGACCAUCACUAUCAUGAGGGACAUCCUUGUGGUGCUCAUGGAAGGCACACCUGUAGGGGUGAAGUACAGCGAGGUGAGGGAUGUCCUCCUGUCUGUGAAGGGGGUCAAGGCAGUUCACAACCUCCACAUCUGGGCUCUGACCAUGAACCAGGGAGUGCUGUCCGCACAUGUGGCCAUAGAUGAUGCUGUGGAUCCGCAGCCUGUUUUGAUGGAGAUCACUAAAGUACUGUUCGACACCUACAGCUUUCACUCGGUUACUAUUCAAGUGGAGCCCCAAGCUGAUCAGAAGCCUGACUGCACCCUGUGCGAAGAUCCAAAAAUGUAGACUCCCCAAGGGCAUGGACUUGUGACUACCACCCCAGGUCACCCAAAAGACAGCAAAGGAAAGUUUGGAGAACCAGGAUUGUAAAUCCUAAAGUCUGUUUUUGUAGUUUUCUAAUCUAAACUUAAGUGUCUGGCCAGCUUUUAGUGGACCUUUGGACACCUACUGUAUGUGUUCUGUUGGUGUUCAUGGGCUGCAGGGUCACAAAACAGAAAUACAAACAAACAUCAGCUUGUCUCUUGAUUAACCCAUCUUAACCCCAUCUCUGGGGUUUAGAUAACAUGCCUUAUUAAGUUUAAUGGGCAGACUGUGUAUUUUUUUAAGAGUAAAUAUUAGCCCUCAGUAUGGUUUAGAUUUUUUGUUUUUUUAUGGGAUUUAUUCAGCAGCUCUGUGCCAAAAAUUCCAGUCCAAGUUGGAGAGCAGCUUUAAUGUUAUUUUAAACUGAACAACAAAACCAAAAGGGUUUGUGAGCGAGAGUCAAAGUACCACAUUUUAUUUUUACACAAUAACAAUGUCAGUUCUCACACAUCUGUCAGGUCAAUUGAAGAAAGAAGUUAUGUAUAUGUGCUUGGCACUGCAAACAAAUUCACUGUAUUUGUAUAACCGUAAAAGACUGUAGUCCUAUGUUUCUUUCAUGAUCAUGUGUACUAGACCUGUGGUCAUGUGUCUUGUGGGAAUAAAAAGACCACAGUCAUGUGUA